AUGUUACUUUCUGCACCAGUGUCACGCAAAGUCCGUGUUGGCCUCAUCGGCUGCGGAGAGAUUGCGCAGGUGGUACAUAUUCCUACCUUGAACUUUCUCUCCGAUCUCUUCCAAAUCACAUAUCUCUGUGAUGUCUCCCGCACCUCGCUCGAGCACUGCAAAUCCAAGGUGAUUGGCCAGAAAGAACCGGCGACUACAACCAAUCCCGAAGAAUUGUGCGCAUCUCCAGAAGUUGAAGUGGUAUUUGUCAUUAACAGUGACGAGUACCACGCCCUUCAUGGAAUCCUCGCCUUGAAAUAUAACAAACACGUCUUUAUUGAGAAGCCUAUGUCGCUCAAUGAUCGCGAUGCGGAUGCAAUCAUUGCGGCCGAAAAGGCGUCUGAAGGAUGCGUGAUGGUGGGAUACAUGAGAAGAUAUGCCCCAGCAUUUCAAGAUGCAAUCCGUGAGAUCGGCGGAAUGGAAAAGAUUCUCUACGCUCGCGUGAGAGACAUCAUCGGGCCGAAUUCCACAUUUGUGGAUCAGUCCGGGACCUUUCCCAAAAAAGCAUCAGAUUUCGCAGCGGCAGAUGUAGAGGAUCGCACGGCACGCGCAACAAAGAUUGUCGCGCAAGGGAUGCAGGUGGAGGCAGGCGUGAAUAGCUCCGAUGUUCCUCCACGAAUCUGGAGGGCCCUAGGAGGCCUCGGAUCACACGAUCUGAGUCUGAUGCGAGAAGCCCUGGGCAUGCCGUCGGGCGUGGUAGGCGCCUAUUUGAAGCCGCCGUUCUGGAGUGCGAUCUUUGAAUAUCCGACCUUCUCGGUAACCUAUGAAUCUGGCUUGGACUCUGUGCCGCGCUUUGAUGCUCACAUCGAAGUAUAUAGCGCGACCAAGACCGUUCGCGUUCAGUACGACUCGCCUUACAUCAAGGGAUUGCCCAUCACCAUGCACGUGCAGGAGGAUAUUAACGGAGGACUCAGAGAGUGUGUGAUUCGCAAGACCUAUGAAGAUCCGUACACAAUAGAGAUGAAAGAAUUGUAUCAGAUGGUGGUCGACGGAAAAGCAAUCAAAACGACUGCCGAAGACGCGAAGAAGGACCUUGAAAUCUUUAGAAUGCUGGUGCGAUCAGCAGCCAAGAAUGCUAAAUGA